AUGGCAAUUGGCAAGAAGGUCUUGCUCUUGGCUUCGGCGAUUUGUGUCCAUGCAUUGCCAGCCGGUCCAACUGAUGGAGCACAACAGGCAUGGGACGUGAUCAUUGUCGGUGCUGGACCUGCUGGAAUUGUCACUGCAAAUCGCAUGAGUGAGGCAGGCAAGAAGACAUUAUUGCUUGAACAGGGCGGACCAAGUUACUACAUUACUGGAGGACGAGAUCGACCACCCUGGCUGGACAACACUCAGUUGAGCCGCGUAGAUGUGCCGGGAUUAUACAAGUCGAUCUUUUCGAACCAAGGCAACCUCACAUGCCAGGGCAAAGUCGAUAAGUUGUUUACCGGAUGCACAAUUGGUGGUACCUCUGCUAUCAAUGCAGAGCUCUUUUUCCAGCCUCCAGACUCAGACUUUGAUCGAUACUUCCCGGAUACUUGGAAGUCUAAGGACGUAGCGAAUGCAAUUGCCAAAGUGCACAAGGCCCAGCCAUCUACGGACACCCCAUCCAAAGAUGGUAAACGAUAUCUACAGAGUGGCUAUGAUGCUGCGCAAAAGUGGUUAGUCGGAGGCGCAGGCUACAGUCAAGUCGACUUCAAGCAGCAACCUAACCAAAAGACCAAGGCAUUUGGUCAUCCUUACUUUGCCUAUGAAGACGGACAACGAAGUGGACCCGUCAAGACAUACCUUCAGGCCGCGCUGUCCCGAUCGAAUUUCCACCUCAUGAGCGGAGUGCAAGUCAAGAAGGUCAUCCGGAAUGGUGCCCAAGCCACUGGUGUCGAGGCAACAAUCGACGGCACCAAGACCACCUUCAACACUGCAAACAACGGCAAGGUCAUUCUCAGUGGAGGAGCUCUCUUCAGCCCGCAACUCCUAAUGCUUUCAGGAAUCGGCCCACCCGACUCGCUCACAAACCUCUCCCACAAUGGCCUCCUCACCACGCCCUCAUCAUCCUGGAUCAACAACACCGCCGUCGGCGACGGUCUCUACGACAAUCCCAACACCUUCAUCCUCCUCUCCGGCCCAAGCGUGGAGGCAUAUCAUUGGGACUACAGCUCCCCAAUCCCCUCCGACCGCGACCUCUACCUGACCUCCCAUUCCGGCCCCUACGCCUUCGCCGGCGAAACCACCACCUUCUGGGACACCAUCACCUACCCCAACGGCGACACCGUCACUCUCCAAGGCACGCUCGACGCCGUAGGUUUCAGCAAAUUCACCGGCAAAAACGACAUCACCUUGAACGUCUACGGCACCUCCGGCAUAAAAUCCACCGGCCGCGUCUCCCUCAACGAAAAAGGCAUCCCCGGUGUCGCGACACCUUUCCUUUUAUCCAACCCCCAAGACGUCGAUGCGAUUUCCACAUUCGUGAAAUCUAUCUUGACGCAUUUAGAAGGUAGUCCCCUCACAUCUCUCAAUCUCCCUCCUAAUGCGACGAAAGAUGAGAUUUCGAGGUAUAUUACCACGCCUUCGGAGUUUACGCUUGGGUAUGUGAAUCAUUGGAGUUCGAGUUGUGGGUUUGGGGGGUGUGUGGAUGCGAAUGCGAAGGUUAGGGGGAUGGGGAAUUUGUUUGUGGUGGAUGCGAGUAUUGUUCCGCCUUUGAGUGUGAAUCCGGUGUUUGGGAUUAUGGUCGUGGCGGAGAGGGCGUGUGAGUUGAUUUUAGGGUUGAAGUAG